GAGGCGCCGAGAGCGGGCGACUGUGAGUCAGUAAACCUUAGUGACAGCUCGAGACAAUGCCCUCACGUUCCCAGCUUCUGGGAGGGUGUCAGGUCUUGUGGUGUGAGCUGUAAGAGGGGAAGGGCGUGGGACGUUUCUGAACUGACACUAUGGAGGAAGGAAGAGGCGCCAACUUCGACGGCGUGAGCACCGACCGCCUUGAAAAGGAGUUACUGGAAGAAAUCCAUCAGAAGGAUAUAGUGCAACUAUCAAUGCUUGAAAUAAUACACAAGAUAGAGGAACUGGAAGCCAAACUUAAUACUGAUGACAAAGGUGGUGAAUGGAAAGUUCGUUAUGAGACACAACUUGAACUGAAUGAUCAAUUAGAAAAGCAAAUUGUUUCUCUAGAAGAGAAAAUGAAAAAAAUUUGUGGGAAUCCUUCAGAUAGAUUGUCUUUUAUCCGUGUCUAUGAAAAAAUGCCAGUGGAAUCCUUAAAUAUAUUACUUAAACAGCUAGAAAAAGAGAAAAGGAGGCUUAAAAAUCAAGUGAAAGACUAUGCACUGAGACUGGAACAAGAAUCAAAGGCUUACCACAAGACCAACAAUGAGUGCCAUACCUACCUAGCUGAAAUGUCUCAGGUCUCUGACUCAUACCAAGUUUCUAAAAGGCAACAGAUGGAUCAACUGCCUAGAAUGAAAGAGAAUUCAGUGAAAAUUUUUUUCACAGGGAUACCAGAGAGCUGGGGGAAAAGGCUAAGGGUAAGAUAUAAUCCAGUUAAUCAGAAGACAAUGAAUGCCAAGAGAGGACCAGGAAUAAAGAUUACAAGAUCAAACCAUCUUCCAAAACUCGAUCCAUAAUUCUAGAACUGGAAUUCUAUUUCUUCCUUUUUCUCGUCCAUAAUAUUCAACUUAUGAAGUUAAUGUUCAACACAUUUUUCAGGGAAUGAAAUAGACAAGAAAGAGCUAUCAAACUUCUCUUUAGCUCCUCUUACAAAAGUUUUUUCCUUUGUCUGUAUUAAAUUAAUUUUCUUAAGUGAUCUAAGUGAUCUAAAAUACCUAAUAGUGUUGCUUUUGAUUUUAAAAAUAUCCUGAAAGUU